AGCGGCGGGUGUGCGCGCGCGGCUCCGCUCCGCUCUCGCCGUCUGCGGCUCCGCUCGCCCCGGCAUGAGGAAGCGCAACGAGUCCGUCACCGUGGAGCAUGAGCGCGCCGGCGCCGGCGCCGCCGCGCCGGCGCCGCCCGACAAGGGCUGCAGCCUGAGGCACAGCCUGCGCCUGCCCCCCGCUGCCGCCGCCGCCACCGCCGCGGGGAUGAAGCGACCGCUGGGCAGGCGUUACGGAUUAUGGUUCCGAUUGCGAAGGUUGUUAAUCUGGUUGUUGGGAGUGUACAUAGCCAUUCCAUUUCUAGUAAAACUUUGCCCCGCUAUUCAGGCGAAACUGGUCUUCCUAAACUUUGUGAGAGUCCCGUAUUUCAUUGACUUGAAAAGACCACAGGAUCAAGGUUUAAACCAUACUUGUAAUUAUUAUCUGCAGCCAGAGGAGGAUGUAACCGUCGGAGUCUGGCACACAGUCCCUGCAGCUUUAUGGAAGAAUGCACGAGGGAAGGACCAGUUGUGGUUUGAAGAUGCUUUGGGUUCCAGCCAUCCUGUAAUCCUUUACUUGCAUGGCAAUGCAGGAACAAGAGGAGGGGAUCACCGUGUGGAGCUUUACAAGGUUCUCAGCUCCCUUGGUUACCACGUAGUCUCGUUUGAUUAUCGAGGCUGGGGCGAUUCGAUAGGUAGCCCGUCCGAGAGGGGAAUGACCUACGAUGCCCUCCAUGUCUUUGACUGGAUAAAAGCGAGAAGUGGAGACAACCCUGUCUACAUCUGGGGACACUCCUUGGGCACGGGGGUUGCAACAAAUCUAGUGAGGCGCCUCUGUGAGAGAGAAACCCCCCCGGAUGCCCUGAUACUGGAAUCUCCGUUCACCAACAUACGUGAGGAGGCACGAAGCCACCCCUUUUCCGUGAUAUACAGAUACUUCCCUGGGUUUGACUGGUUCUUCCUUGACCCCAUCACAACAAGUGGAAUUAAAUUUGCAAAUGAUGAGAAUGUGAAAUACAUUUCCUGCUCCCUGCUUAUCCUUCAUGCUGAAGAUGACCCCGUGGUACCAUUUCAUCUGGGAAAAAAGCUUUACAACAUUGCCGCCAUGUCGCGGAGUUUCCGAGACUACAAGGUGCAGUUCGUCCCGUUCCACACAGACCUCGGCUACCGGCACAAGUACAUCUACAGGAGUCCAGAGCUACCUCGAAUACUGCGGGAAUUCCUGGGAAAAUCUGAACACGAGCAUCAUCAGUGAAGACUGGCUGCUUGGCAGCAUGGAGGUUUUCCUUUCUUCCCCUUCCCUCUCCCUCCUUUUCUUUCCUCUCCUCCCCGUGGGUUGGUCUGCCAUUCUCCCAUCCCCUGGCACGAAGGAGGCUGGGGAUUCCUGCGCUGGCCCUAGUGUGCACCUUCUGGCAACCCCGACUCCCAGCACCAGUGGUGACAGAAGAAAGACGAGAAGUUGCAGGCUUCUGUUUCCAUAGGGAUGGAGGAGUGAAAACAACCCAGGAGCUGGUACCAAACAAGCAAAAAUAUGUGGGCACAACAGAGCCAUGUCAGUCUGGCGUGGUGCUGCUGAGGACAAACAUUCCUGGGACGUGUGUCAGGACCAAGGGUGUUCCUUUCACCUUUAAAAAUUGCUGCUGUUUUGGGAUCACACAGACUCAUUUGCUGUAGGCAAAUGGCUCUUUCUAUGUCUCUAUACCACAGGUGUCUUGCUUGUUCUUUCGAAGAAAUACGUGUUUAGCCUUUCCUUUUUGCUACGUGGCCGUAAUCGCAACGCACUGAAGAUCGGGGUAGUGAGUGGUGAUUUUAUUUAGCUCUUCAGUCACAUUGUGUUGCGAGUGUUGGGCUAAUUGCACACAUUUGGAAAUAAAAAUGAAAGAUCUCCCCCUUCCUUUUCCAACAUGUAUCUAAUGGAAAAUAUUAAUGCUCUUUCAUCUUUUCUUUCUGGACAUCGUUCCUAUUCCCUGUUUGUCCUCUUGGAAACUCCUCCCUUUCUUCACGUACGCUCCCCGACUGGGACUGAAGUGACUUUUUGUUGAUAAAUUGCGAACUCGGGAGGUUAAGCCGGAGAGCAUGGGAUUGCUUUUUGCCUGAUCGCCCCUCUCCGUGAACAGCAUCCUCAGGGAGGAUGAUGGUCCUCCGCUCUGCUCUCCCCGCACGUGUGCGUGCAGACCUGGGCUUCCUUGGGGCGGAAAAGGGCCUUGUUUUUUAUUCUUUUCUUUUUCUUCUAAGUCUUUUCUUUCUUUCUUUCUUUCUUUCUUUUUUUUUUUUUUUUUUUUUUUUUUUUUUUGCUUGCUUUUAUUUCCCCCUCUCCCAUCUGCCUUUUAAUUCCUUAUGUUGAGUUUUCCUGCUCCAGGAGGCAGAAGUGGGGGAAAAAAAAGAGCCGUCUUCCUGCAGCGAGAGCCUCUGGGGCCGCCCCCACACCACUUUGACUGGAGCGGGGGGCCAUUCUACGCCACCGGUGAGCUCUGCGCUGAGAUGGCAGAGGGUCUUGCAGAGGCCAGCUGGGGACCGGGCCCCGACCCCGUUGCUCUACAUGGGCCGCACUGCGUGCCGUAGGUCUCGCUGCUCGUGCUUGGAGGCGAGUCGUGCCGCCCAAAGGCGCUGCUCGCUAACGCGGGGUGCGCGGCGUAGUGGAAGCCACUCAGCGUGCAUCCGAGUUGUAGCUGCAGGCUUGUGCUAGUUGCAGAGUAGACGGUAGCUCUUGAGAUUCUUCUGCUGUAGCGUGGUUAUCCCCGGGGUUUCUGACCCAUGAUACUUAUAAGCUAACCGUGCCACUGAAAUUAUGUUUGAUGCACUUAUAUUUAUUGCACUGAUGGAACAGAAACACUUAUUUGGCACUGGGGUGCAACUUGCCUGCUGCAGCCUGAGGCAGAGGCUGGCUGCCUUCCUCCCAGGGGACGGAGCUGAGGGGCCAGCGCGGGAACUGCUGGCAUUGGUGAUCCCAACGUGUCCAGUCCAGUUAUUUGGCCAGUUGAGAUGCUUGGAAAAUUAAACUGAAAUGUUUAUCUUAAAAAGUGGUGUAGUUUUAAUAAAAGCGUUCAAUGCUGA